CCUAUUGGGUCAACGCGGGAAGCGCCAAGAUGGCCGCUGUGGCGACCUGCGGCGCCGGCUCCGGGGACACAACUGAGGCGCCAGCCAGAAAAAACAUCGUUACCAGUUUCCAAAGGAGGGAUGCUAGAACCACCGGUGCCGACAGUGGCGGUGCUCGACUGGUGUCCAUUGCGGGCACACGACCGUCGUUGCGGAAUGGACAGCUGCUGGUGUCAACUGGGCUCCCAGCCCUGGACCAGCUCUUAGGUGGAGGUUUAGCUGUUGGAACAGUUCUUCUAAUUGAAGAGGAUAAAUAUAAUAUUUAUUCACCUUUGCUCUUCAAGUAUUUCUUGACAGAAGGUAUCAUCAGUGGUCAUACUUUGUUGGUUGCAUCUGCAAAAGAAGACCCUGCUGACAUUUUACAGGAACUUCCUGCACCUUUACUUGAUGAUAAUUGCGAAAAGGAAUUUGAUGAAGAUGUAGAUAAUCAUAGAACACCCGAAUCUAACAUUAAGAUGAAAAUAGCUUGGCGUUACCAGUUACAACCCAAGAUGGAGGCUGGACCAGUGUCAUCUUCAAGAUUUGGUCACUAUUACGAUGCAUCAAAAAGGAUACCACAAGAGCUAAUUAAGGCUUCAAAAUGGCAUGGAUUUUUUCUCCCAGAAAAAGUCUCUUCAACUCUUGAAGAAGAACCCUGUUCUGUGACCCCUGGCUACAGGAAACUACUUCAGUUUAUCCAGAAUAUCAUUUAUGAAGAAGGGUUUGAUGGUUCCAGUCAUAAGAAAAAGCAGAAAAACAUCUUAAGAAUAGGAAUCCAGAGUCUUGGUUCACCUUUGUGGGGGGAUGACAUUUGCUGUACAGAAAACUGUGACAGCAGUCACAAUCUAAUGAAGUUCCUCUACAUUCUCCGUGGUCUCCUACGAACCUCUCUGUCAGCCUGUAUCAUCACAAUGCCAACUCACCUUAUCCAGAAUAAAGCAAUUAUUGCCCGUGUCACAAAUUUGUCAGAUACAGUAGUUGGUCUGGAAUCAUUUGUUGGUUCUGACAGAGAAACCAACCCAUUAUAUAAGGACUAUCAUGGUCUGAUUCAUAUACGGCAGAUUCCACGCCUUAAUAACUUGAUUUGUGAUCUAUCAGAUGUCAGAGACUUAGCUUUUAAAUUAAAAAGGAAGAUAUUCGCCAUUGAGCGACUGCAUUUGCCUCCAGACUUGUCAGACACCGUGAGCCGCUCAAGCAAACAAGAUCUGGCAGAAUCUGCCAAGCUGCUGGGCCCAGGCUGUGGCACGAUGGCCGGAGGCAAGAAGCACCUGGACUUCUAG